AUGUGCGUGCACAAGAGGUGCAAGGCUGGGAUGAGCGCGGCUGAGACGUGCAAGAUGGAGCCGUGCACAGCUGAGACGUGCAAGAUGGAGCUGUGUAUGGCUGAGACGUGCAAGAUGGAGCCGUGCACGGCUGAGACGUGCAAGAUGGAGCUGUGUAGGGCUGAGACGUGCAAGAUGGAGCUGUGUAGGGCUGAGACGUGCAAGAUGGAGCCGUGCACGGCUGAGACGUGCAAGAUGGAGCCGUGCACAGCUGAGACGUGCAAGAUGGAGCUGUGCAUGGCCGAGACGUGCAAGAUGGAGCUGUGUAUGGCCGAGACGUGCAAGAUGGAGCCGUGCACGGCUGAGACGUGCAAGAUGGAGCUGUGUAUGGCUGAGACGUGCAAGAUGGAGCUGUGCAUGGCCGAGACGUGCAAGAUGGAGCCGUGCACGGCUGAAACGUGCAAGAUGGAGCUGUGCAUGGCCGAGACGUGCAAGAUGGAGCCAUGCAUGCAGUGGUACACGCCUGAGACAUGCCUGCCCAAGCCGUGCACACCAGUGCCUGACACACGUGCUGCACACGGAGCAGUGUGUCCCCCAGCCUCGUGGCCUCCGGUGCCCCUGCGCAGCCCGGCUCUGCGGCACCAGUCCCGGCGUGGAGGCACCGCGUCGGCGCAGGCAUCUGCCAUCCAGCCCUUGUUUUGUUCUUCUGAAUCCCGGGUCGUUCUUUAUCGUGCAAACGUGUUUGUGCGGGAAGGCGACGCGCGGCGGAGCGGCGGCAUCGUGGUGUGGCCGGAGGAGGGAAAAGAAGAAACGCGGCUGGAAGUUUUCCCGCAGGCAUCAGGAGCCGUUUGA